GGAGUGAAGAAAUGUUCAACAGCAGCUCCAUCAGCCACUUCCUCCUGCUGCCAUUGGCACACACGCGGCAGCUGCAGCUCCUGCACUUCUGCCUCUUCCUGGCCAUCUCCCUGGCUGCCCUCCUGGCCAACGGCCUCAUCAUCAGCGCCGUAGCCUGCGGCCACCUCCUGCACAGCCCCAUGUUCUUCUUCCUGCUCCACCUGGCCCUCAGCGACCUGGGCUCCAUCCUCACCACUGUCCCCAAAGCCAUGCACAAUUCCCUCUGGGACACCAGGAGCAUCUCCUAUGAAGGAUGUGCUGCACAGCUGUUUCUGUUUGUAUUUUUCAUUUCAGCAGAGUUUUCCCUCCUGACCAUCAUGUGCUACGACCGCUACGUGUCCAUCUGCAAACCCCUGCACUACGGGACCCUCCUGGGCAGCAGAGCUUGUGCCCACAUGGCAGCAGCUGCCUGGGCCAGUGGCUUUCUCAAUGCUCUGCUGCAGACGGCCAAUACAUUUUCCCUGCCCCUGUGCCAUGGCAAUGCCUUGGGCCAAUUCUUCUGUGAAAUCCCACACAUCCUCAAGCUCUCCUGCUCCAAAUCCUUCCUUAGGGAACUGGGGCUCAUUGUAUUUUCCAUUUGUUUAGGAUUUGGCUGUUUUGUGUUCAUUGUUUUCUCCUAUGUGCAGAUCUUCAGGGCUGUGCUGAGGAUCCCCUCUGAGCAGGGACGGCACAAAGCCUUUUCCACCUGCCUCCCUCACCUGGCUGUGGUUUCACUGUUCCUCAGCACAGGCACAUCUGCCUACCUGAAGCCCCCCUCCAUCUCCUCCCCAUCCCUGGAUCUGGCCCUGUCAGUUCUGUACUCGGUGGUGCCUCCAGCCCUGAACCCCCUCAUCUACAGCCUGAGGAACCAGGAGCUCAAGGCUGCAGUGUGGAGACUGAUGACUGGAGGAUUUCAGAAAGAUUAA